GAGUCGAGGACAAACCAGUCACGGGACAAGUUUUGUACAGCCGCCGAUGAUUCUCACAACGCUCGCCAAAUCCUCGACAGCGGGUGAUUCCUGUUUCACACCAGAAGAAAAGAAUGGCGACUCACGAGAAGGACAACAGCAUAAGAGGCAAACUCUGCCUCAUCACAGGCGCUUCUGGCGGGAUCGGCCGAGCAGUAGCCCGACAAUUCAUUCUUCAGGAUGUUGAUCUCGCACUUCAUUACUCGUCCAAUCAGUUGGCUGUUGAGGAACUUGUGGCACAGCUAAGACAUGAUCAUGCCACCCAUCGCGCAGAUGACAAAUAUAUACGUAUCACCACGCAUCAAGCUGAUUUAAGUGUGGCCGACGAAGUGUUACGGCUGAUAGAAGACGUGAAGAAGGGACAUGGGAGAGGCGUUGACAUUCUGGUAAGCAAUGCAGGCAGAGGGAAAAGGAUUACGGACAUCUGGGACAUUCCACUCGAGGAAUUUCAAACUACCAUUGCAGUGAACUUGACUGCGUCGUUCCUACUAACGAAGGGUGUGGUUGAACACAUGAAGCAAAAACGCUGGGGCCGAAUCAUCUUUGUAAGUUCCAUCGCUGCUAAAGGAGUUGGUAUAAAUGGCUGUCACUAUGCCGCGUCCAAAGGCGGUCUCACGUCCAUGAUGAAAAACUUGGCCUCGAAGCUUGCACCAUAUGGCAUCACGGUGAAUGAUGUUGCACCCGCGAUGAUUGGCGAUACUGGAAUGAUUCCCAACAAAAACGUUGAAGGGCUGCCGGAUUUACCGUUAGGCCGCUUAGGAUAUCCAGAGGAGGUUGCCAACGUGGUCAUGAUGUUUGCGACAACAGGAUAUGCGACAGGCCAAAGCUUCCUUCUUGCAGGAGGCUUAAAUCAUAAAUAGAUGUAGGCUUCCAUAAAGCCGACGACAUAUGACACCUGCCUCAUAUCG